CACAUACUUCUGUGAAAAUCGAAGUCAUUCCACACUUUGAAACUCUAUCCGUUAGCACAAUGAACGUUAUUACAACAUCGUUGGUGAUAUGGUCAAUCUACUGUGGCGUGCAAACUGUUGAAGCGCUGACCUGUCUGCAAUGCGAUUACGUGGUAAAGCCUCGACAUUGUGAAACGGUUCUUUCAUGUCCGGAUGAUGAUGCUUGCUUUGUUGAGAGACAGACAAAUACCUUUGGUGAAGAAGGCUACAGCCUGGGGUGUCGAGCAAAAAGUUUGUGUGAAAAUUCAAUCGCCAGUUCAAGUUAUUGCUCCCAAUGUUGUGACAGAGAUGUGUGUAAUCAAGCUGGAUGUGGUGAAGAAGGAUAUCCACCCCAAAGUGGCCCUGUGUGUUACAGUUGUCAGAAUCCGUUACCUGAGGGCCGUUGCCAUCAUGUUGAAGUUUGUAGGAAAGGAGAGAUGUGCAGAGCCAAUGGGCAAGACCAGUUCGGAACAACACUAUUUACAUCCGGUUGUAUAUCAAACGAGAUCUGUGGGUUGCAACAUACUGGCGUCCCUGUUGUUGGCAGAAGCAGUCCCCUGCAACUACCAAUCACUCGGUCACAUGGUCCCCAUGACUGUAACCACUGUUGUGAUGCCGACCUGUGUAACACAUAUUGCGUGGGCACCACGAUUCUCCCCAACGGUUUCCUCAUAAAGGCGAUAUUCGAUAGCGAUCAGCUCAACCACAUUGAUAACGGGACCAGGGUCGUUCGUGGUGCAGACUGGGAUUGGGGUGAUCAGGACAGCGGGGGCCCGGGAACCGUGGACACCUGGUACCUAGGGAAUCGGACCAGCCUACAGGUGGUGGUCACUUGGGAUCGGGACGGACAUCAUAAUAGCUACCGUGUUGGCGCGGAAGGCAAAUACGAUCUGUACAUAUUAGCCGAUGGGCAAUAAGUGUACUCUACAUGGGAGAAUUAUGACCUGAGUGUUUGUUUUGUAAUAAGGUGUUUGAACACAUAAUUGGAACAUACCAAAUGAUGACAUGUAGCGUAAAUAAUAGCCGAUGAUAACAAGUUUUUCGUACACCUAGUCGGCUAAUAAGAACAUUAUAACGUGUGCAUAUUUGAAGACUGAUAUAACUAUUCAACCACCAAUUAUUAACAGAUAUUUCAAUUGUUUAGAAAAUCAUAUUGUUGCAUAACAAUUCGAUCGAUUUACUUUAAAGAGGCCAUUUCACGUUUUGAUAAAUUGACAAAAUUAAAUAUAAAAAAACAG